GUUCGAAACGCCACCUUCAGGUAAACAAACGCGAGUGUGACGUUUCGGAGUAAAAGCCAAAAGUGUUACCUGUAAAAUGGACGCUUCAAAACAUGGGUUGCCAUACACUGGGAACGCAUCUUUCUGCCGAUUGUGCCUCAAGACGAACUCGAUCGAAUUGCAUGUUCAAUCUCCCGAGGAAGCCAACGAACCACUGCUCAAUAUCAUCAGCGAAUGUCUUGGAAUAUGGCUAACCGUGACGGAAGACUUCCCUUUCGGUAUAUGUCACGAAUGUUGUAUGUCGCUGGAAGCGAUUCGUCAGUUUCGCUACAACUGUCAACAGUGCGAUUUGUAUUUGAAAAGUCAACGCUCUUCGGCGGAACCAGGACUUGCAGCACCGGCAGAUUCCGAUUCUUCCGUAGAGCGCAAACCGGUUAUAGAAGAUCAUCGAUACCUGAAUCCCCAACCGAAUGUCAUCGUGCUGCAGGAUGUGAAAAUAGAGGCACCAUCCGGAAAUGUGACUGAUUUCAACAACAGCAAUAUAAGUCUUGUACCUGCUCAGUAUUACGAACCACCGGCGCAGGAGCCAUCGGGUGCAAUGCCGACGACGGCGCCGGCCGCUCCAUUGAAAAAAUUCGACUGUCCCGAGUGCGGUAAGCAGCUGUAUAGCUCCCGCAUGCUGUCCCAGCAUGUGGUCCGAGAACACCGACUCUGUCACGAGUGCCGCUCGUGUGGAAUGGCAUACAACAGUCCGGAAAAGCUGGAAACACACGUAGCAACCUGCACCGGUCGACCGUCGAGGUUCAUGUGUAACCAAUGCCCGAGCGGGAAAGUUUUCUCGACCGCUAUCAGUCUGUCGGUGCACCUGUACUACGCCCACGACAGUUUGCAGUCGGUCGUUUACCGGUGCGAGUCCUGCAAGAAGAACUUCAAAAACCGAACGGGUCUCAAGUAUCACUACAAGACUGGUCACGGCUGUACGAUGGUGGAAUGCGAAAUCUGCCGGAGGCCGUUUCCCACCGAGGAGAGUCUGUACUAUCACAAACUGGUGGAACAUUGAGGCGGUUGUUUGUUUAUUUUAUUUUUUAAUGCAUGCUUCCGUUUUAAUAAAGACGUUUCAAAUUAUAUUUAAAUAA